ACGUUGGCAGGUGGAUUCUCUACCACUGAGCCACCAGAGAAGCCCUCAAUUGGAUUUUUAACAAAUUUUCCUAGUUAAGGGAUUGGGAGCUUAGAAAAUUUAAAUUCUAGUUUCUUAACAACUUUUCAUACUCUCUAUUGAAAUAGUGGCAUCUCAAAUUUGGUGAGUCCUUACUUAGGGGUAGUUCUGUUAAAACAGUCCUUUCAGAGUAAAUUUUUCUCAUAAUUUCAGAUUAUAUCCCUUAGUUGGAAUGCAGUACUUAAAUCUAGUGAUUCAGACAUGGUCCACUGCAUAUUUGGAAGAAAAUAGACAAAGUUUCAAAUAACCAUUAAACGUAAGCCUACAAAAUAAAACAAACCCUUCAUAAAUUAUUCCGAACUACAGGAAUUGAUUUGUAAAUCUAAGUACUAAAUUACCCCUGAAUUGUUAGUGCGUUGGUCAUGAAGGGAAACUGGAGUACAGAGCUGAAUCUAGUAUCCCACAAAUUUUUGUUGUAAUUUUUUUUAACAAUUCUAGUUUAUUAAAUUCUUUUCAGAAGUUUACAGUCACCACAGAUAAUCACUGCAGCUUGACUCCUUUUUGCCAGCACCAGUAUUGGCCCCUGCAGCCUCCCCGACUUUCUUCAUUCUGUUCCAACCUUCCUUUCGCUGUCUUCUUAACGUGUUUUUCUCCUCCUCCAGGCCAUGACUUGCAAGCCUGUGUUUGGGCUUAUUCUUAUUUCCAUAAUCCCGGGGAUUUAAAAUCAUGCCAAAGCCAUUUGUCUUGCCACCACCAAAAUGGGUUCUGAGUCCAAAUACAAGGGUGACAUCUGGUAUGGUUUUGUACAUUUUGGCUAGAGUUUUUUUUUUUUUUUCCUGAGUUUCUGUCUUGGGUACUAUUUCCUACCCAUGGUGAAGGUCGUCGAUGACCAUUUGUUUCCACUGAGGUAAUCAGUUGGUCAUAAAUUUAGUACUCUGUGUCGUUCAUCAUCUUCAAGCAGUCAGGGAGGAGAAGAGCUAGUGUCUCACAGGAUUUUGUUCUUAAUCCUUCCCUUUUGAAAAGGGUGGGCAGUAAGGCACAUGAAACUUCAUUCUAGGGGGUGGAGUCCUGGCACCCUUGAUACUGCUCAGCCUUGCUCUGAAGGUGGCAGCCAUUUGUUCUUGUACUGCCACCAUGCUGUUAUCCUGGCUACUGUUCUGUCCGUUGCCUAGAAUAUUAUAUUUGAUAAAAAAAAUUUUAACAGCUGUUUCCAGAGGGGAGAGUUGUAAGGUGCUGGUAUUAGAACAAAGCAAUCUGAUGAGAAAACGGUGGUUAACAAAGCACAACCUAGUUGUCCAAACAUAAUGUGACAUAAUGUUUUUUAUAAACAUUAGCUUUCAUAAACUCUUCACUUGUUACUUCUUUCUAUAUGCAUUGUCUUGCUUGAAUUGCAGAGUUGUUCAUGAACUUUAUGAUAAAAAUUUGGGAGGCAGAAUUCUUGGGUUUUGUGUAUGUCACAUUUUCAGCAGCAUAUGGUCAUGUAUGUGACCUUAUAAUGUAAGGUCAUGUAAUAGACCUUAUAAUGAGAUUUAUAAUGAGACAUGCCUAUUAUUUUCAUCUAAAGGGUAUCUUGGUAGGCAGUUUUUUAAACUUGAACUAUUAAGUAGAUUAAAAGUUAGAGUCAUGUAGAAUCUUUACUAUUAAACGUUUUUGUAUAAUGUCAGAACUGAAGACUCCAACCCCCUUCCCAGUUUUAUAGCUUGUUUCUAUCCUUCCUGACUUGUUUAAAUGAAAGUAUCUGUGCUUUGCAUAUAAUUCCCAUCUUUGCUUCUUUACACAACAACAAAAACAAAACUACACACACUGGUGACUAACUUGACUUUAUUCACAUGUCACGGCCAUCUUGCAGGGCACUCCCUCAUUCAUUUUAAUGGCUGCACUACCCGCUGUUAUGGAUGCACCAUGUUUCUACAGCCAGUCCUCUGUUGGUGGACAUAUGGUUGUAUCUAGUUUUUUGCUAGCACUUUAGUAGGUUAGAGGCUGUAAUGAAUGGUAAGGAAGUAGGUAGAAGUACUGCUUCGAUGAAAAAGUAGAGAAGAAACUUCCUUUGCCAUAGUCACUUACUAAAUGAAAUUUAAUAAAAACACUGUCAAAAGUUGAGAGGACCAAAAUUGAUACUUUUUUUCUGAUCUUUUUGCCAUGUGUAUAUCUGAAUUCUUUGUUUUUAAAGAAGAAACAGCAUUGAAGCAUUAUUUGGGGGGAAAAACACACACACAAAAUCCAGCAACUCAGCAUUCAUGAGCAGCUCUAUACUAUACCAGUAUGUGCCUGUGCAGUGGAAGGAAAACAGUUUUGGAAAUAUAUCCUGGACAAUUCCAACCAUCUCUUUGUCACAAAUUCAUAGCCUUGUCUGAUAAGGAAGGAAAACUACUUCGCAACUAUACUCAGAACAUAGAUACACUGGAGCAGGUUGCAGGAAUCCAAAAGAUAAUUCAGUGCCAUGGUUCCUUUGCAACAGCAUCUUGCCUGAUUUGUAAAUAUAAAGUUGACUGUGAAGCUGUACGAGGAGAUAUUUUUAAUCAGGUGGUUCCUCGAUGUCCUAGAUGCCCAGCUGAUGAACCGCUUGCUAUCAUGAAACCAGAGAUUGUCUUUUUUGGUGAAAAUUUACCAGAACAGUUUCAUAGAGCCAUGAAGUAUGACAAAGAUGAAGUUGAUCUUCUCAUUGUUAUCGGAUCUUCCCUGAAAGUAAGACCAGUAGCACUAAUUCCAAGUUCCAUACCCCAUGAAGUGCCUCAGAUACUGAUUAAUAGGGAACCUUUGCCUCAUCUGCAUUUUGAUGUAGAGCUUCUUGGAGACUGUGACGUAAUUAUUAAUGAACUGUGUCAUAGGUUAGGUGGCGAAUAUGCCAAACUUUGCUGUAACCCUGUGAAGCUUUCAGAAAUUACUGAAAAACCUCCUCGAAUACAAAAAGAGUUGGCACAUUUGUCAGAAUUGCCACCCACACCCCUCAAUAUUUCAGAAGGCUCAAGUUCACCAGAAAGAACUUCACCACCAGAUUCUUCAGUGAUUGUCGCUCUUUUAGACCAAGAAACAAAGAGUAAUGUCGAUGAUGCUGAUGUGUCUGAAUCAAACGACCAUGGCACAGAAAAAGCACAGGAGGUGCAGACUUCUACUAGAAGCAUUGGGAGUGCUGACGAACAGUUGGAGAGUCCAGAUUUGAAGAAUGCUGUCUCCGAUUCUGGGGAGAAAAAUGAAAGAACUUCAGUUGCUGAAACAGUGAGAAAAUGCUGGCCAGCCAGACUUGCAAAGGAGCAGAUUAGUAAACGCCUUGAUGAUAAUCAGUAUCUGUUUUUACCACCAAACCGUUACAUUUUCCAUGGCGCUGAGGUAUAUUCCGACUCUGAAGAUGAUGUCUUAUCCUCUAGUUCUUGCGGCAGUAACAGUGAUAGUGGAACAUGCCAGAGUCCAAGUUUAGAAGAACCCAUGGAGGAUGAAAGUGAGAAUGAAGAAUUUUACAAUGGUUUGGAAGAUGAUGCUGAUAUUAAUGAGAGAGCCGGAGGAACUGUAUUUGAAGCUGAUGGAGGUGAUCAAGAGGCAGUUAAUGAAGCUAUAUCCGUGAAACAGGAAGCAACAUGCAUUAACUAUCCAUCAAACAAAUCAUAAUAUAGUAAUUGUCCAGGUACAGAAAUUGUUCCACCAGCAUUAGGAUCUUUAGCAUGUCAAAUUGAAUGUUUACUUGUGAACUCAAUAGAGCAAGGAAACCAGAAAGGUAUAAUAUUUAUAGACUGGUAAAACAGAUUUCCCCCCAAUGGGUAAUUUUUAACUUCUUAUUUCUGUGCUUAUACACUCAAACACUAACUUUUUUUUUUAAGGUACGUAAGUAUCUUUAGUCAGCUAUUGGACUAGACUUUGUUAAAGGUUCAUUUGUAUGAUACAUCGACAUGUAUAUAUAAUUUUGUUUUUGCCUAGUGAGUUUCAACAUUUCAGUCUUCAAAAAGCCAUUGGAAUGUUAAAUUAAUGUAAAGGGAACAGCUUAUCUAGACCAAAGAAUGGUAUUUUCACACUUUUUGUUGUAACAUUGAAUGGUUUGAAAUCCUCAAAUCUGUUCUGCGAAACGUUUGAUUCUUUAUUAGCACAAUUACCUAUUUUUAAACACUGGCAUUUUCCAAAACUUGUGGCAGCUAACUUUUUAAAAAUCUCAUGACAUGCAAUGGGAGAAGGAAGUCAACUAUAUGUGGGAGAGCACUCAGUUGUCUUUGCUUUUUUAAAAUGAAACUUGGUGCUAACAGUUUCAGAAAUGUAUCGUUCAAAUGAAGAUGGCUUUUGUACUUCCUGUGGACAUGUAGUAAUGUCUAUAUUGGCUCAUAAAACUAACUUAAAAAAUAAAUGCUUUGGAAAUGUUUCAGUUGCUUUAGAAACAAUAGUACCUGCCUGGGUCCCCUUAGUUUUGAGAAUAUUUGCCAUUGUUGUUUAAACACCUGUCACUGUGGUAGAGCUUGCAUUGAUCCUUUCCACAAGUAUUAAACUGCCAAUGUCAAUCUGCAAAGCCUUUAUGAAUCAAUAAUAAUGGUACUUCAGCUGGGGAGAGUGUAAUAUUUGGGGCUGUUGCCUUUUUUGCCCAUUAACGAGAGCAACAGACCCCGGUUACGGUUCCAAAGCCAGUAAGUACAUGUUUCCUGUCGGGAGGACUUGGUGUUAAGAAACACCAAACAUACUAGCCUAGUAUUAUGGAGAUGAACGUGAUGUAACUUGUAAUAGCAGAAUAGUUAAUGAAACUAGUUCCUAUAAUGUCUUUAUUUAAAAGCUUAGCCUGCCUUAAAACUAGAGAACAACUUUUUCAGCUGCAGAAGCUUCUAGCCUUUCAACAAAAGUUCAUACUUUAUAAAACUGCACAGUAAUGAUUAAUUUUCCAGACCUUUCCCCAACAUUGCUUUCAAAAAGUGUUUUUAUGUUGCUUUAGUAUUUAUUACAGUUUAACAAGAAAGGUUUGAAAAACAGCUGUUCUUAAGCUUAAAAUAUCCAGCUAGGACCAUUACUGCCAGAGAAAAAAAUUUUAUUGAAUGGCCAUUUCCCUACCUAAAAGAUGUUUCGAUCUGAAUUUGACUACACUAAAGAAUGCAGUAUAUUUAGUUUUCCAUUUGCAUGAUCUGUGUUUGUGCUAUAGAUGAUAUUUUAAAUUGAAAAAUUUGUUUUAAAUUAUUUUUACAGUGAAGACUGUUUUCAGCUUUUUAUAUUGUACAUAGUCUUUUAUGUAAUCUACUGGCAUAUGUUUUGUAGACUGUUUAAUGACUGGAUAUCUUCCUCAAUCUUUUGAAAUACAGAACCAGUGUUUUAUACUUGUACACUGUUUUAAAAGUCUAUUAAAAUUGUCAUUUGACUUUUUUUCUGU